UUUUUUUUUUUUUUCUUUUUACAACUAUAUUACCUAUGACUAUAUCCUCCAAAAAAAAUACCGAUUCUGGUGAUUCUCUCAAAGAUCGCUUCGAUCGAUUAGCCCUCGAGCCAACCCGUGCUGAAGUCAAAAAGACUGCUUGGACGGAUAACGACAGAUUCAAGCUGGAAGGUUUAAUACCCAAGUUUAAAUUGACCAAUCCUCCUGAUAAGGAAGUAGAACGCUUUGACUGGCGACGUAUUGGACUGCUUAUGAAUAGAACCCCUGGUGAUUGCUUUGCAGAAUACAGUAAGAAAUAUUGGGUAUUUGAAGAAAUAGAUAAGAAGGAGAGUCGUCGGAAAGGUGAUUUAAGGUCCAAGGAAAAAUGGGAAUGUGCACAAUAUCUCUCUCUGCUUGAUGCGCAAUCGAAAUCAGAAAGUUGGAACGAAACCAAAAUUGCUGAAAAGAUGUAUCCCAAUGACUAUAAAGACAAGCUGGAGCGAGUUCGUGUUGCUAUCGAUGAUAUUUGCUAUCAAGAAUUAGAUAAACUUGAACUAUUUGAAGGAUCGACUGAAAAUGAUCAAGAUACUUCGGAUGAUCCCUUUAUAGGUCAUCUACGUAUCGAACAUGACACAGGAACCAGAGACGGGUAUCUGGACAAUUUUACUCCAGCUCGUAUAGCUUUUACCAAAGAAUUGAAAUUGACCGGGAAACAAGUUGAUCGAAUGAAAAAAAUCAAGUGGGAUUGGUGCUAUAGAUGUGUGGGUAGUAUGAUAAAAAGGGACUACCAUAUCUAUUUCGACUACUAUGAAGCGAACAGCAAAAAAAGAACUGCCAUUAUUUUUGGGAAAACUGAACCAAGAGUGGAUGCUAUGAUACCAAGGGUGAUUGAUGCCUUCUUAAAAUCGAACGACAAAUGUCGCUACUGUGGACGGAAAAUCAAAUUUUGGGACAAAAAGUGUGAUGAUGCGAGUGCACCAACGGCUGCUUCUGGUGAUCACUUUUCUCCAAGGAAGAUGGCAUUCAAUGGUGGCACGAAGUUACAAUUUAUUUGUUACCAGUGUAACUGUGCAAAAAGCAAUGCUAAGGAUGGUGAUUAUCGAUCUUACCUUGGCGAUAUCAAGCAAUUCCACGACAAUAAGACAUCGAUACAGCGCAAAAAUCUAAAUGAUGAGCAAAAAUUGGAAGCUUGGCUUAUGUGGAUGGAUUUUGAAUAUGGGAAAAGAUACAAGGGUUAUUAUCUCGAUCGACACGAAGACCUAAAGCCAAUUUACACUCGGGAGAUAAUCAAAAAAGUACCUGAAGAAUGGGAGAUGACAGAGAGAGACAAAUUGUAUAUGGAAAUGGUAGAAAAGAUUGGCGAACGGGAUCCAAGAACAGGUGCUUUAGGUGUAUAUGAUCAUACUAUGCAAAAGUCAAACCGUUUCAUCAUCACCAAAUGGGACUGGCCCGAGGAAGAAAUCAUCGUGACUGGUGUCAAUCUUGACCGUUUCAAAAGAUCGACCAAUUUCCAUGUGACUAUGAAGUUUACAAAGGACGCUGCACAGAAAGUCGGUUGGGAACAUAUGAAUGAUUGGAUAAACAGCGUGAAAGCAAACGAACAACUGUGACAAGUCUCUGUUGGUAAACCCUCGUUUUAGUUUACAUCUAUUUCACGUACAUAUAUGUAUCUAGUUUUUUUCUUUUGAUAUUCACACAUCUUUGUAUGUCUACAUCCUCCUUCCUUUUUUUUUUUUUUU